ACUUCUCAAUGUGUUAAAUAAAUAUAAAAAUAAAUAAAUAAAUGAGAGCGAAACCAGGACAGGGGUAGGAAGCGGCUGGACCCAGAAGCUUAAAGCCGAGCCCCCUGCGCGCGAAUGUACGAUUCAAUGUUCACAUAACGGUUCCGAGAAACCGCACCCACCCGCUUCUCUCUCCCCCGUGUACUAUUCCACCAUUCUCUAUCUUCUGUUUCUGUCUAUUGGAUGACUCCAAAACCUUGUCUUCUCUCUUUGUCUCGCCGUUUCUUCAUACAAAUUAUCUUUGGUCGCCUCGCCGCCUUCUCUCUUUUCUCUGCCCCCUUCCUUACUUUCUUUUCCCCUCUGUUUUUGCCUUUGAGAACAAACCACAGUUCCGGAUUCUUUCUAGGAUGAUGUUCGGUGUGUGAUCAAGAGCAUAUCUUCUUCUAUAUUGCUAUGAUCUUUUUCUGCCAAUUCUUUUGACAUCUGGUGUCAAUGGUAGCUGAUCAACGGAGAAAGCGACUGAAUGGUGUCAGCAUUGCUGGCUGCAAUUCUCAGGACCAAUACAGAACCAAAAAGACAAAACUAGAGUCACUACAAAAUGAUUUAAACACGAAAUCUUGUAUUUCCCUUGAGUGGGAUGGGAACCAAAAAAAAGUUAUUGCCAAAAGGGAACAAAUUAGCUUAAGUUGGAGGCAUUUGAGGCCAUUUACAGAUUCCAAAAUAAGUUACCACAGAGUUUUGGCAGAUGUUUUGACUCUUCCUCGUGAAAUUUUUGACUUAGAAAACUUGACAGGGGUGCUUUCUUAUGAGGUUUGGCAGACUCAUCUGUCUGAAAAUGAGAGAAAUCUUCUGGUACAGUUUCUUCCUACAGGAACAGACAAAGAGCAGGUUCUGCAAGCAUUGCUUGCUGGGGAUAACUUUCACUUUGGAAAUCCUUUUCUUAAAUGGGGUACAUCACUUUGUUCGGGUGAUCUUUUCCCUGAUGUAGCUAUUCAGGAGGAACAAUGUUUAAAAGCCAAGAAGAAAGCAUACUACUCAGAUUUGCAGGACUACCAUAAUGAUAUUGUAGACUAUUUGCAGAAAUUGAAGGAGAAAUGGGAAAGCUGCAAAGAUCCAGAACAAGAGAUUGUGCAGAAGUUAUGGAGGUCAAGAAGAGUUGGCAAGAAAAGGGUUUUCUCACAUUCAAAUGAAUCUAAGAUUGGCAACAUUGAGCAGGAUGUUACAGCUACUUCUGAAUCUUGUUCUUGGGUUGCAGAUGAGAAAGCAUGCAGUAGUGAUAACCAAAAUUCUUCUGUUGGGAAGGGAGGAGAACUACAAAGAAGAAUGUACAAGAAAGGUUUCAUCAAGGACAAAGGUCGAAAUCUCUUGACUGCUCAGGAUGAUGAACUGACUAUGGAAGCAAGAUGCAGAAAGGGUGACAAGAUACACAAGCGCAAUAUUCAACAGAGUGAUGGUGCCAAAUAUAUGUCAUUUUUUAAGAUAAGCAAGAAGCAACUUGAACUUAUUAAGAAUAUGAAGCAGUCUGGUACAAUCAUUCAAUCUAGAUCUCUCAACCAUGUCCUAGGUGACAUUGAUAGCUUGCAUGUGCAACCAUAUGAAGUAUUCAUAGAAGAAGAACUGAGGAAGUUGCACAAACAUUGGUUGAGAUUGGUAAAGGAAGAUCUCCCUGCAGCAUAUGCAAGCAGGAGAGAGAUAAAGUUAAAGAAAUGGGAAAUAAGCCAGUCAUUGGAGCAAGAUAUGAAGGAAAAACUAAAUCCAGUGCUGGAGGAUGAGGAGGAAGAUACUGGAAAGCUCCAGGAUCAGGAAGACAAUGUUGGUAUAAACUUGGCUGUUCUAGAUGUAGAAAAAGAGGACCCUGAGAAGUUGCUUGAGGAUCAGAGGGAUACCGAAGCAACAAACAGUGAGUCCGGCAUGGAAGAGGGGGAGUCUGUUCUGGCUUUACAGCAUAAUCAGUUGCCACAGCAGAUUUCUUCUAUUGAUAGUGGCCAUAUUUGCAAUUGUGAGGAUAUUGAGUCUGAAAACAAUAAGAAUCUCUCGAAAUCAGAUGUUGCUUCUUCAGAUGUAUCUGAGCACUUGGAGAAUUUGAAUGCAACUGUUAAUCAGGAAGUUCCCAAAAAUGGCUGGCCCAUAGACAGCAUGCCACUCUCUUACAAUGAUUCUACCGCUGGCCAUGAAUACACAUCUCUCUGUGGAUUGCCACUCACUCAUCAAGCCAAUGAAGAUCAACAGAACCAAAUGAUUGAUCUGGAAUCAGACUUGCAUGAAGAAAGUACUGGGAAAGUUUUGUUGCAUGGACAUUCUGAAGAUGUGUCCUUUAGUUCUUAUAUGAACCAGGAUCGAAAUGAGCUGCUUCAAUCUUUCUUCAAGGAUCAGGGAAUGUUUUUGCAUCAUAGCGAGCAGAAACAGACAGCGCUAGAUUUCCAGCUCCCAAAGAAUGUGUUGAUGGAAAAUGGUCAUUUUAAUGGGGAAUUUCAGGAGCAGUUGCAGUCAUCACUUGCUUUAGAUGAGGGGCAAAAGAGGCUGAAUGAGGUUUAUAUGCAACAAAACAUGUCAGAAAACAUUUACACUGAUGGGGGUAGAUACUUGUCCCCAAGGCAAGAACACUUGCCUUUAGGAAAUAUGCAGGAUUGGGCUGUCAAUCCUGCCCGCAUGUCAGCACCUUUCCAACAUCAAUUGAAUAGUGGAGAAUUGUUGAGUCAAAACUGGUUUACCGGAGAGCAUCAAGUUCAAGUUCGUGGUGGAUGGGCUGGUUCAGAUGGUUUUAGUGGUUCAAGUCAGAGUAUUGCCAGUGGAAGCAAUGCAGACCAGAGCCUAUUUAGUGUUCUAUCUCAAUGUAACCAACUUCUUUCAAGUAGCGCUUAUGAAUCAAUGGGCUCUACUGAGCAGUUCAUUCCGCAGAGGAACAAUGGAAUGGUGAGGGAGAGCUCUUCUGGAAUAAUUGGAAAUAGUUUACAGCAAGCUGCUCAUCCACUUGAUUAUUUAGGGGGUGGUGAUGCAACUACCUCACUGAUGACUGAUGAUAUGGGAUGGAUGAGCUUGCCACAUCAGAAUUCUGCUUUGCAUGAUCCGAUGGCGAAACCAUAUUUGAGGUCAUGGAAUCAAUAAGGGGUCUUUUUUUUUUUUCUUGGAGGAAUAGAAUUUCUAAAGAUCGUGGAAUUAGUUGGAGGUUUAAAGGUUAUUUGUGGUGAACUGGUUUGGAGGAUUGGAAGAUAAGUUGAAUGCAAACUUCGUCUAAUGGGGGUUGUGUUUCUUAUAUUAAUUUUAGAGGAAUGAUAGGUUAUUUACUACUGCAGAUUUGCAGGAGUGGAGAAUACAAGAGUCGGAGAUAGGUUUUUGUACAUACCUAUACAAAGAGCCAACUGAACUCAACAUCCUUGUUUUGUAUAUACGUAGAUUUUAGGAGAAGGAUGAAAAAGUCCUGGCAUCUCAUAUUCGGUCGAUUUACAUAUCACAUUGGGGAAUUUUUAUUUUUUUUUAAAUAUCUUUUAUAUUCCUCUUUUCUCAUUGAGUAUGAAGUAUUUUCAAUAAUUUUGGAGGCUCUAAUUGCAACUCCUCUCUCUCUCUCUCUCUCUCUCUCUCUCUCUCUCUCAGUUUAACAAUGUAUUUUUAUGAGGUUGUGGAUUGGGUAAUAAAUAAUAAUACAUGGGAAUGGGAAUGGGUCAAAGGGACAAGUGUUGACUGUUUAUAGCUUGUGAACAUAGUUGAUGCCGGAUUUCAAGUUCCAAAGCAGGAAGUGGUUAUAAAGACUACAGGUGGUGAGUUUGGGGGGGAGGGGUUGAUUUCUCGCAGGGUGAAAGACCCAUAUUUUGGUUGCGCAUGUGACGGGCUGCAAUCUGCAUACAGCCAGUGAGUGAGUCUGGUGAAUAAUCUCAUCUACCAUCCUUGUUCAAUUAUCAGCAUGACACAGCACUGCAUUCCA